UGCGCGCACGCAGAAGACCUCUCGCAUGGAAAGCCCACAGACCGGCGGGAGAACGGCACAGGAGGCAAGAGUGAAGCGGGAUGGGCUGGCCUCCUCAGGGAAGGCUCCACUCCAGCUAACAGGGGAGGAAAAGGCCGUACUGAUGGAGUGUAGGAGAAACUCCACCGCCAGAGGUCUGGCGGUGACUGCAGGCUCUCUCGUCCUCCUGAGAGCUCUCAUAGGCUCAGGCAGACUUCCACUGCACAUCCAGAGGUGGUCUUCGCUCUACUACACCGCUGUGGGAGCUGCGAGUUUCCUGGCAGGCCUCAGGUCUUACCGACAGACCUGUCUGGACAAGAUCAUGUCUCUGGAAAACUCUCUUCUGGCAGACCAGCUGAGGCAACACCGCAGAAAACAACAGGGGUGGACUGAGGAAGAUGGUCUGCCCAGCCUUAUGCGUGACUCACCUCCACCUCUGACCUCUUCCCCGCUCCCUCUGAGCCAACCAAACACUGUCACCAGUGAUACACCAUUCUCCAGUGAUCCAGCUGACCAGCAGCCAGAUGCAUUUGGUCCCACUUCCCUCCCUCCACCUCCUCUCCCUGGAGACUACGACAACUCAUCCUCCAAAAUCAGGGGCAGAACAUUUGAUGAAAUACGAGACGAGAAUCGCCGACGGCAACAGCAGAGACACUAUCCUCAGAGUAGAGUGGGCGGAGUCAGGGGAGAAGACGCUGGGAACAAGCCAGUUCAUGUGCGCAGAAAUAAAUAUGGUGACAUAAUCUCUGAAGAGUGACAUAAUGGUGACAUCAUCUAAUUAUAGCAAAUCAACUCAUCUGAUCUGAGCUCUGAAAACUGUUUUAAAAAAUUGAAACGAAAACUGUUAACGCAAACACAAACCGUGGGUGUGGUUCUAAAUCCUGCGGGAGGAUGAAGGAGCAGACAUGGGCUCAACCACUGAGGUGGGGAACAAGCCAGUGGACCCGUCGUCCAACAUGCCGUAGAACAUGUGGGGAGUUGGUCUGUCUAGUUCAACGAGAACAUCUCCAGCAUGUAGUGUCAGUUCACUGGGACUCUUGGCGGUGUAGUCUGCCAUGGCUCGGUAGAAACUGGAGGGAGGUUCGGGAGACACGGAGCGAGAUCCAGGUCCCGACCCUGACCCACCAGAAUGGACUGGAGACGGGCCCGCUGACCCGGGAAGUGGCGAGGGGGUGUGGUUUUGAGUGUUGUCUGGAGAAGCUGGUCGAUUUUGCUUUGUCUUGAUGACGGGGGAAGUGGGUGUUUCUUUGGUCUUGACGGGGGUAGUCUGUACAGGGGAAGUAGGUGUGGCCUCGGUCUUGUUGGAGGUGAGUUUCGGAGGUGGCGGUCGCACAGGUGUCUGUUUUCCUCCAUCUUCUGAGGUUUUCUUCACCAGACGAGGAAGAGGAGGUCGUGCCGGUAGCCCAGACCCUAUCACUGGCUGCUUCUCCGUUGUCUGCCCCUCGUUCUCUGUCUUUCUUCCCAUGUCUGGGGACUCGGCAACCAGGUUCUGGAUCACUUCUCCCUGCUUCGACCUCGGAGUUUUGGUUGGUGAACUUGUUUCUGUCUCCACUCCUUCCUCCUUCAUUGACUCUGACCUUUGCACUAUCUUCCUCAGUGACCUCAUCAGUUGUGAGCCUCUUGCUCGCAGGCUGUUGGAGCGAGUCGGGCUCCCCGCUGUUGCUGACUCGGCAUCGCUGGUAGGUCUCUCUGGAGGAGGGAAAGAGGGAGGUUGUGAGCGAGGUUUCGGGCCCUCCACCCCAGCACUGGGUGGUCUGGGAGGCGGAGGAUGACUGGGAGGAGCAGAUCGAAGGUUGCGGACUGCCUCGGCAGUCUCUUGGUUCUCUGGACUCUCUCUUAUGUCGUGGUCCACCUCCUCAAUGGGGGUAGUGGGGUCUGGAAUAGCAGCUACAGAUGUUUUGGGCUCCCUCCGUCGGGGACGAAUGGGCUGGUGCAAGCUGCUGGUUCUAGCUGGAGGAGGAGGCUUGGGGGAAUCCUGCGCCGCAGGCUGGGAGACAGCAGAAGUCAAAAGUGAAUUUGACACCCUCUUUGACAGAUGCACUGGCUUUGGUUUGAUUGGUGGUGGCUUUGUCUUGACUGGAGACAUCAACACGGUUUCUUUCUCCUUCUCCACUUCCUCUGUGGAGCCUGGUUGGCCACCCUCACUAGUCCCACUCCCUGAACCUGCAGCUCCCUCCAACACAUUCUCUCGUCACAGUCUUAGGUCCUUCAGCUUCUCUUUGUGGCACUGCUGCUAGCUGGACAGGCUGUGCAGCAGAUGACUGAGGUGCCUUUGGUGAGUUUGUGAGGGGCGAGUGGGAGGAAGAGGGAGCGGCAUGGUGGGGGGAGGGGGGAUCAGCCUCGUUGCUGGUCUCUUUACCCUCUUCUUCUUCCUCCGGGGAGGGGCAAUUGGCGUUGCUCCACCAGAGGGUGGGGCCAAAGCAGCAGGAGCUGCCUCAGCAAAGGUUGGAGUAUGAGCAGACUUGGUGGGC